AUGAGCUCAUUAUCAGAUAAUGCCUCAUUCUCGAGCAAUUCAACACCACCUACCUCAUUCUUGGCAAACAAUUCGCAUCGAGAAUCUCUAAUUUUCGAAGACUCGUCGAGUCAACAACUCGAGUGUCCCAUAUGUAGCGAGACAAUGAUUUCUCUACUCCAGCUCAACCAGCAUAUCGACGACCUCCACAGCGACACGUCUAUCGACCAGAAGGACGGAAUACUGAACUGGUUCAAAAAUGCACAAAGUACCAUUGGAAAACAACUUUCGAAAACGACUCCGCUCGCAAAGAAUAAACUGUCGAGCAUCUCGAAGGAUUUAUCGCAAACGGUAAUCAGCAAGCUUAGUGAACUUGAUGUCGGCGUUGUGCUUGACGAGCAGCCGGACUAUGUUACAAAGGUGCACUGGCAGAAAGAGAGCGAGAAUGAUUGUUGCUCGAACGCGGGUUGUGAGAAGAUGCUGAAUCUAAAAAAUGGAAGGCAGAAUUGUAGAAAGUGUGGAAAAUUGUUUUGCGAUUUUCAUUGCCACUUUCAAAUGCGUUUAAAUAGACAGGCGCAACAUGACCCAAUUGACGGAUUAUGGUGUAGAGUGUGUGUCGGUUGCUAUCAAACUCGAGAGGGAUAUCUGGCUACUCAAGGUGUUGUCAGAUCACAUACGACAACUUUUGUCAAAGCUCGUCAUAAAGGUCUAGAAAAAGCACAUCUGGAUGGGAAUCGAUUGGAGAAAAGACUUGAAAAACUUGCUAGAUUGUAUGCAACACCCGUUAAACCUGUGAUUCCUGGCAAUCCGAGUCUAACACCUCCAUUACCCACCUUGAAUCAUCGAAGAAGAGCUUCUGAACAGUCGAUCGUAAAAUGGGAGGAUGAUGCUUCUGUGACAAAUUGUCCUAUUUGUGGAAUUUCUUUUGGCAAAAUUACAAAUCGUAAACAUCAUUGUCGAUUGUGCGGACGAGUUAUCUGUGAAAAAUGUUCAUCAAAGGUUUCUUUAAACUUGCAUAAGAGCAGUUCAGAAUCAGAACAAGAUUCGGUAGGUGAAGUUCGUGUCUGUAGAGAAUGUAGAACUGCUGUGCGGAAAGAAUAUAGUGAGGAGAUAGCGAAGCAACCGCACAUUGUCUUGCUAUACCAGGGCGAGGAGAAAGUUCGACAACAAGUGGCAGUGUUGGAAGAACAGGCGAGAUUAGUCGAGGGUUAUAUUCAAGAGGCAUCAAAGAAAAGAAAGAUCGAUGAUGUUAAGACAUUGAAGGCAUCUCUUGAUGAACUACAAAUAGAGAUUAAGAAAAAAAAGAAAGAACUUGGCGAAUUGUGGUGA